AAAAUUAAUGUGAAACGUUGCAAUUAAGCAGCAAUAAUGUAUCGUUUGUUGAGUGCGCAACGCGCUACAGCUGUGCAACAUGUGCUGCGACUGCCAAUGCCCAGCAAUGCCUCCUGCUGUUGCAAUUGUAAAGUGGCGGCCACAACACAGCCGCACCUCACGCAAUAUCAGCAAUAUUAUCAGCUGCUUUAUCCACAGAUGCCGGCAACAACAUCAACAAUUGCAUUGCGCACACAGUCAACGACAACAACACAAGCGGAUGCAUUGGCACAGAGCAAGAAGAAGCGUUUACGUAAACCCCGCUAUGCCAAAUAUGUGGAGCUGCUAGAAGUAACCGAGAUGACAGCCAGUGAGCGUAAGUCGCGUGUCAAGCGUCUGAAAUCCAAGAAGCUGUCGGAGUUUAUACAAAAAACACAGCAACAAAUAUUGGAGAAGCGUGCGCGUGAGGAAAAGCGUGGCAUAAGAAAAGGCAAAACCGGCAACGAAGAGACAGCACAAAGACAACCUGCUGAAUAUCAAAAGAUUGACUUUGAUAUGUUGGAUAGCACGCUGCUGGAAGCGGGCUUAUACGAUGAUCGUCCAUUAAUUUUUCUAGGCAAGGAAGUGUAUACGAAACAAAUCAUUAACAAUCCGGAGGAGGUGCAUACUAUUUUGAAGAGCUAUAGGAACUAUAGAGAUAUCAUAGAGGGCAUGGAGAAUGAGCGGCAAGAGAGCGUGGAAUCACAACUGGAUAAUUAUGACUUAAGUACACCUAAGCUUGCAACUGAAACGGAGCUGCUGGAUCCUUUUGAAGCCAUUGAGCCUUACAUAGAUGUACGGGAAUCGGAGCGGACAGCAAAGCCGGCAACUAAUGCUGUGACAGCCAAGUGCAAAAAGCGCUUCAAAUCCAAGGUGCAUGUUAAUGAGGAGCAGGAGCGUCUGGCCAAGCAGCGCGCCUUGCACAUUAAUCUGUCCACCUAUCUUAAUGUCUGUGUCUCCGCCAACAUGUUGAGUCGUGCAUUAUCCACCAUCAUUGCCUAUCGCAGUCGCGCUAAGAAGAGCAGCGUGCACAGCAGCAUCGGCCUUAUAACAAUCGAUUUAUAUAAUAUACUGCUGCAUGGCUAUGCAAGCAAAGGAGGCUAUGAGCGUUGCCAGGAGCUCUGCAAGCUUAUCGAGGAGGAUGAAUUGCAGUUUAACGAACAAAGCUACGCUGCGAUAUUCGAAUGUCUGGGACGCGUGGAAUCCGAUGCACAAAAUGUAAAAACUAUAGCGGAGUACAUAGAGCAAGCAGAGGCACAAGGUUACAGCCUGAAUCAAGUAAUGGAUCGUGCUAAAUUUGUGUCCGAUCAACGUGAUAUUGCUUUAGAUGCUAUACGACGUGUGCGUGAGGACUUUACACCUGUCUAUCAGCCGCCGCAGCUGGGCUAUGAUAAUGUCUUGCUGAAUCACUUGAACAAAAUGCAGCCAGACGAAGUGCAGGGCGCCAUAAUGCAGUCGAAGCGUGGCUAUAGCAAGGAACAGUUGGAGCAGUUAGCGCGCGAGCAGUUGCAAGUGGAGCUGGAUGGUUAUAUAACAAUCAAAUCCAUAGAGAAGAACAAACAGUUUGCCAAUGCAGAGUUUUGUCGUGGCAAGCUGCAGGAACUGGAGGAACAUUGGCGUAAGCAAAUCUCUGCUGCCAUAGUGCGUGAUCUUAAUACACUGAGAGCGCAGGUGCGCUUCAAGCCACACGGAUAUAUGAACUACUAUACGUACCUGAAGGUGCUGGACGCCAGCCACUACACCGACAUACUCAUCAAGGAGCUGUACAAGCUGGGCGAGGGCUCGGAAACGUUUAGUCCAACUGUCGGACAGCUGUACAAGGAGCUGGGACAAAAGGUGCAGCAGUGCUACCAAAUCGAACUGAAGAAACACAAUGGCACGCUCGAAAAGAUUGGCGAGAUCUAUAGCGCUUACUGCGAGCAGUGGCACACGGGCGAUAGCAAUGAUAAUACGCGACAAAUGUGGCAGCGUUUGGUGCACGAGCAGCGAGACAGUGGACCCUCCAUGGAUUUGCCUGAAGUGCCCUGGCCCAACAAUGUGCUGAGCGGCGUGGGACGCUUUCUUUACAAUAUACUCAUGCGUGAUAUUAAAAUCGAUGCGCAUGUUAUGCGGCAGCCCAAGAAAAACAGCAAGACAGUCACGCCAGUAAAGCUAUUGCCCGCCUUCUAUACGCUCUUUCGCAAUCAGGGACGUCUGGUGAAGGAAGAAGUGAAGCCACAUCCAGUGCUGUCGCGUUUAUUGCGCUCCUCGCGUCAACAAACUCUAACAUUUGACUCCAAUUUGGUGCCUAUGUUGUGUCCACCGCAGCCCUGGAGCACGCCACACAAUGGCGGCUAUUUGCUAAACAAAUCGGAGCUUAUACGUCUGCCACAUCAGGCUAUACAGCAGUGGGAGCGCAUACGCGCAGCCAAUCCUCAGCAGCUUUAUCCCGCGUUGGACUCGCUCAAUCAGCUGGCCAGCGUGCCUUGGCGCGUCAACACGCAGCUGCUGGAUGUCAUCAUUGAAGUCUUUCAGAAGGGCGGCGAUGCCAAGCUGGAUGUGCCACAGCCACCGAGUUCGUUGCCACCACUGCCUGCGCCGCCGGCAGCAGCAGAGCUGGAGGGCGUCUCACCCGCAGAGCGCGCUAAGCACUUUAGGGACAAGCUAGGACAUCGACGCAAGCAGGCCGAGAUGUACAGCUUGUGGUGUGAUGCACACUAUCGACUAUCGCUAGCUCAACAUUAUCGCGACAAAGUCUUUUGGCUGCCACACAAUAUGGACUUUCGUGGACGCGUCUAUCCAGUGCCGCCACACUUGAAUCACUUGGGCUCAGACCUGGCGCGCUCCAUGUUAAUCUUUGAUCAAGCGCAGCCUUUGGGCGUCGACGGCUUUAGCUGGCUUAAGCUGCACUGCAUUAAUCUAACGGGUCUUAAGAAAAGAGACUCCGUGCGUGAGCGUUUGCUAUACGCCCAAGAGAUAAUGCCGGAUAUACUGGACUCGGCAGACAAACCGCUGACUGGACGCAUGUGGUGGGCCAAGUCGGAUGAGCCGUGGCAAACGCUCGCCUGCUGCAUGGAAAUUGCAAAGGUGGCACGCAGUCCAGAUCCGGAAGCGUACAUGAGUCGCUUUCCCAUACAUCAGGAUGGCUCCUGCAAUGGAUUGCAGCAUUAUGCAGCGCUGGGCAGAGAUGAAGCGGGCGCGCGUAGCGUUAAUCUGGCGCCAGCGGCUAUACCAGGAGAUGUCUACAGCGCCGUGGCCACGCUGGUGGAGCGCACACGUAAAGCGGAUGCGAAAAGUGGACUGCAUGUAGCCCAAGCGCUGGAAGGGUUUGUGCGGCGCAAGGUUAUCAAGCAAACUGUCAUGACUACUGUUUACGGCGUAACGCGUUACGGUGCGCGCUUGCAAAUUGCGCGACAGCUUAAGGACAUUGAUGAGUUCCCCAAGGACUGGGUCUGGCCAGCGUCGACGUAUCUGACCAGCAAAACAUUUGAGAGCUUGCGUGAGAUGUUCACAUCCACGCGUGAGAUACAAGACUGGUUUACGGAAUGUGCACGUCUCAUCGCUGGCAUUUGUGCACAGAAUGUGGAAUGGGUUACUCCAUUGGGUUUGCCUGUGGUGCAGCCUUACAAUCGUCAGGAGAUCAAGCACACAGCAGUGCGCACGGGCUUAAAUGUCAGCUCCGCCAACAUGCCCAUGGAUCUGUUUGAGCGUCCAAACAUUCUGAAACAAAAGAACGCCUUUCCGCCCAACUUUAUACACUCGCUAGACUCUUCGCAUAUGAUGCUAACCUCGUUGCACUGCGAACGGCAGGGCAUUACUUUUGUCUCUGUGCACGAUUGCUUCUGGACUCAUGCCUGCUCCGUGCCCGACCUGAAUCGCGCGUGUCGCCAGCAAUUUGUUGCUCUGCACUCACAGCCCAUACUGGAGCAGCUCUCGGAGUUUAUGGCGCACACUUAUAGCUUUAGGCACAACGACUUCACCAACGACGGCUCUGUGGAGGAUCUCUCGAAGCGUCAGCUCAAUCGCACCUUGAAGCAGCUACCACAGAAGGGUGACUUUGAUCUGCGCAACGUCUUGGACUCAGUGUAUUUCUUUAGCUAGUUUUAGCUGUGUGCGCUGUGCCUAGUACUUCGCUUAGUCAUUAAUUAAGUUUGAUUUGUUAAAUUUGUUUAAACAUUUGUACAUUGAAACCACCAAAACUAUUACAACAUAUACCAGACCAUGUGAUUUUUAUAAAAUUGGCUAUACUGUUAUUGUAUUAUUUGCUUAAGCUUACCAAUGCAACUGAUAAACAAUAAACCAAAAUGUACUAUUUAUUAAAGUAAA